AUGAAGUCUCUGGUGUUUAUUCUGCUCAUUGGAGCUGCUUUUGCUACAGAGGAUGAUAAGAUCGUCGGUGGGUAUGAGUGCACUCCCCACUCUCAGCCCCAUCAGGUGUCUCUGAACGCUGGGUACCACUUCUGCGGUGGCUCCCUGGUCAGUGAGAACUGGGUUGUGUCUGCUGCUCACUGCUACAUGUCCUACAUUGAAGUGCGCUUGGGCGAACACAACAUUGGAAUCUCAGAGGGCAGUGAGCAAUUUAUUAGUGCUUCUCGGAUCCUGCAGCACCCUAACUAUGAUAGCUACACCCUCCAGAAUGACAUCAUGCUGCUCAAGCUGAGCAGACCCGCCACCCUGAACCAGUAUGUGCAGCCCCUGGCUCUGCCCACCAGCUGUGCCCCCGCUGGCACCAUGUGCCUGGUCUCUGGAUGGGGCAACACCAUGAGCUCCACCGCCGACAGCAACAAGCUGCAGUGUGUGGAAGUCCCCAUCCUGUCUGAUGAGGACUGUGAUAACUCCUACCCUGGUAUGGUGGAUGACACCAUGUUCUGUGCUGGAUACUUAGAGGGAGGCAAGGACUCCUGCCAGGGUGAUUCUGGUGGUCCUGUUUUGUGUAACGGAGAGCUGCAUGGCGUCGUGUCCUGGGGCUAUGGAUGUGCAGAGAAGGACCACCCUGGUGUCUACUCUAAGGUCUGUGUGCAGACGGACUGGCUGCACAGCACCAUGGCCACAUAUUAA